AUGUACCUACAAGUAUACAUCUUUGCCCAGCGGCGAAGAUGGGUGGGGAGGUACCUCAAGGUUCAACACGUCGUCUCCACCUGUAUUAUCUACGGUCUUGCAAUCGCGAUCACCAUCCGUUCAACAUAUACCAUUUCACCUUUCUCGGAUAUGCGAUGUAUACCACAAAACGUCGAGAUGGUUCCUAUCGGUGCAGCGUAUGCAACCGCAAUGUGGCCUGGAUCAGCGCUCAUCGCAAUCACCCUGUGGCUCAUGUUCUACAAAUACCGCUUCACGAGAGGUCGAAUGAUUACUGCCCUUUUGAGGGAUGGGCUGAUACACCUGUAUGGAGCUAUCGACCCAAAGUGGCAUUUCUCAACAUUUCCAUCUGUCGCCUAA